GCGGGCAGGGGGCGGUGGGGCCGGGCCGGACCGGGGUCCCGGCCGCGCGGAAGGCGGCGGCGGCGGCGGGCGCCGGGCGGGCGGGGGCGUCCCGGCGGCGGCGGGACCAUGACUCUGGAGUCCAUGAUGGCCUGUUGCCUGAGCGACGAGGUGAAGGAGUCGAAGCGCAUCAACGCCGAGAUCGAGAAGCAGCUGCGGAGGGACAAGCGCGACGCCCGCCGCGAGCUGAAGCUGCUGCUGCUGGGCACUGGAGAGAGUGGAAAAAGCACGUUCAUUAAGCAAAUGCGUAUAAUUCAUGGCUCAGGCUACUCUGAAGAGGACAAAAAGGGUUUUACCAAGCUGGUAUAUCAAAACAUCUUCACUGCCAUGCAGUCCAUGAUCAGGGCCAUGGAAACCCUGAAGAUUCUGUACAAAUAUGAACAGAACAAGGCCAAUGCAGUCCUGAUCAGGGAAGUGGAUGUAGAAAAGGUCAUGACAUUUGAGCAGCCCUACGUAAGUGCAAUUAAAACAUUGUGGAAUGACCCUGGAAUACAAGAGUGUUAUGACAGGAGAAGAGAAUAUCAGCUUUCUGACUCAGCUAAAUACUAUCUUAGCGACGUGGAUCGUAUUGCUACUCCAGGGUAUCUACCAACUCAGCAAGAUGUGCUACGCGUUAGAGUUCCUACAACCGGUAUCAUAGAAUACCCCUUUGACCUAGAGAAUAUUAUCUUCAGAAUGGUGGAUGUUGGAGGUCAAAGAUCAGAACGAAGGAAGUGGAUCCAUUGCUUUGAAAAUGUGACUUCCAUCAUGUUUUUAGUAGCACUUAGUGAAUAUGACCAAGUUCUGGUGGAGUCUGAUAAUGAGAACCGGAUGGAAGAGAGUAAAGCUCUCUUUCGAACCAUUAUCACUUAUCCCUGGUUCCAAAACUCAUCUGUUAUCCUCUUCCUGAACAAGAAGGAUCUGUUGGAAGACAAGAUCCUGUACUCCCAUCUUGUUGACUAUUUCCCAGAGUUUGAUGGCCCGCAGAGGGAUGCACAGGCAGCCCGUGAGUUCAUUCUCAAGAUGUUUGUGGAUUUAAAUCCAGACAGCGAUAAAAUCAUCUAUUCUCACUUCACAUGUGCCACAGACACAGAAAACAUCCGUUUCGUCUUUGCAGCUGUCAAGGACACCAUCCUACAGCUCAACCUGAAGGAAUACAACCUGGUUUGACCUGCUCUGUUCUUGGCCCUAGAGAGGAUUCAUUGUGAAGAAAAGACAGGGGAAAAAAAAAAAAAAAGAAAUUUUAAACAUGACAGGAAAAAAGUUUUAAUUUUUGAUGAUGUAAUGAUUGCAAAUUGUCUGAUCUGUGGAGUGGCAAGUGCUCAGUGUUAUCCUGGAGUCUCAUGUCUCUGUCCACAGAGUAGCUGAUUUCAUACUUUUAACAAAUUGCUUUUAUUUCACAGUUAACGGGGAUAUGCCUCAUUUCUUCAGCACCUUGCUCACUUCUUAAUUUUUGCCAAACAGCUAAGGCAGUCUCAUCUCAAGCUUUCCUUUGUUGCUUAGCCACUUUUUUUCCUUUUCAUUCCCAUGGUGUAUGUAGAAAAAAUAACUUUCCAGCCAAGAUUGUGAAUUCACUGGACUGUGGGAGUGUGGAUUGCUACUGGUCCCUGUGCCUCGUGCUAUAGGGUGCCUCUGGUGUAAUUUGCUAAUCCUGCUUGCUUCCCUCCCACCCUUUCCCUUCCCUUCCCCAGGACACGCUCCAUGGUUCACUGUGAUGAAAUGUUGGGGAAGAACAAUUGUUCUCCAACUGUUGUGCAAAAAAAAAAAAAAGGCAAAACAAACAAACAAAAAAAAAGCCAUCACUUUUCCAUUCUUUAUAUGUUCUAGUUCUGAGCUAUUUUUUCUUCAAUUAUCAAAGGUAUGGAGACUGUGAUUUUUUUUUUUUUAAAUUAUUGAUGUUCUAUAUGUAGUUUGCUACAUGUUGCUGUAUUUUGCUCAUGGACUACAAAUGAUGGAUGCUCUUGGAGCAAUAGCUGCUGAGCCUGGGGAAGUGCCUGACUGUAAUUGUUCUUUUAUUUUAUUUUAAUUUUUUUCACGCACAUACACACAUCCCCCCACACCACAAGCGCAUGUGCGCACACAUGAGGCUCAGUUUGCGGGGAGUAACUCUCCAUUCUGUUGAGCAGAGUACGUGACAUCAAGUGAGCAACUUCUCUAUGCAGCAAAUGUCAAAAGCACACUAAGUAAUAGUGGCAAUUAAACAUCAGAUUUUGGCUGGAUUGAAAAUCUUAGUCUUGUGCCACCCUCUAGUUUUUUUCUUGCUGCUAGUAGCAAACAAGCCUUGUUUAUUGCAUUUCGUGCCGGUGUGUUGAAUGGAUUUGUAAGAACUCCUCAGUCCUGUCCAGCUUGCAGAUUUUUAGGGAGGACCAGAGCUGGUGGGUCACAGACUUCAGGACGUAGGUAGAGUUCUUACUUAAAAAGGUUGUGGAUAGCUCUUGGAGGGAGUGGCAACUUUCUCUUUCCUGUUUAUGCAUUCCCCCGAGGCACAUGCUGCUGUGUUUCUCUUCAGAGAAGUAUGGAUCCUCUCUGGAGGACUUGCACACAUAUUUGCUCCAGGGUGCAUGUGAUAAUCGAGUUAUAGUAGUCGUGGCUGGAGCAUGUGGCUGCUAUGGAAUCCAGAAAGCCCUACUGUGGUUGCACUUUCGUUUAGCUGGAGAGUAGAGGCAGAGGCAGCAGGGUUUGCCGGUGUGAGUGGAAGGUAGGGGUGGAAGUAAUUCUGGAUUCUAGAUGCCAAAUAAAACUCCAUCCACUAAGCAGAAGGAAGUGGAGCCUUUGCACAUUAGACAGCUUUUUCCAGGCACCAAGGCAAGUGGAGAAACGUGAUGAAUAACGCUAGCCUGGAUGACAACUGCAGAGGCGAGACAAGGAGUGAGUAGGAAACAGACCUGACCCACCUCUGGACCUGUGUGUUUUAGCUAUCACUAAUGCUUCUAUUUCAAUUCCAGAAAGUAGCGUUGGGUCCAAAUUCUCUGGAUCAACCAGUUUGCCCCCUUGAAGGUUAGUAGGCUGCCGGUAGAUAAAGAUUAAAUGGACUGCACUGUUGAAGGGGGCUGUUGAUAUUUUGUCUCUUUUGUAGACAGAGCACUACAUCAGUGUUUUACACAUCAUGUAAGAGUAGAUCUUUACUGUCCAAGAUCCUUAAGAUGCUUUGAUCUAGAACACUAAAAUCUGGAGGGAUGUUAUUUUGAGUAAUUCUGGUUUUAGGCCCUUCUUGUCCAGAAUAGCUGAGGGAAGCCUCUGCAUGUCUCAGAGCACUACAGAAGAAAGCAAGCUCUGCCAAGUGCGAUCAGAGAGCUUAAGCUGGAACAGCAGCCAUGGGACCAACAGUUGAAGAGCCAGUCUGACAGAGUGGUGAUGCUGAGGGGAAUACAGCACCUCUUUAGCCAUGCUCUGGACUCCAUUUAACAUUUGGGAGAAACGAGAGGGAUUCCCAUGUGUCAGACAGUUUUGCAUCAAUUUUAUUGCAUUUUUUUUUGUCUUUAUGCCAAAAUGGUCCAUUUUGUAGAGACUGUCCUAUAAAGAGGAGUUUAUAGUCAUCUACGUGUAUUCUAAAUGCUGUUCAUCUGAAGCAGAUGGCAGCACCAGCCUCUUCUGCUUCCUUGAUCCUCAUGUAAAUGGUUCACACUACAACUAUUGCCAGCAAUGGGCCUGGCACAGAGAAAUAGAGGCUCUUGGAAAUAACUUGCCAGAAGUAUUUUCCAAGAUGAAUGAUGGUGGUACUUCCCACUUGAAUCAGUAACUUUUUGGUUUUGAGUGCUCUCCUCCUCCAAGAGCUGUUGCCCUGGCAGAGGGGGAGGGAUCUUUGCUUCUCUGUCUCUUGCAGAGUGGAUCUGCAAUGUGGUAGAGAACUGUGGGAGGCUGGCAGCACAAGAUUUAGGCGUGUGCUGUACCUUGCUGACCAGGUGCUUGGUGUAGCUGUUGGCCCAGUAACUGGCCCGGUGUGAUGAUUAUCACUGCAAAGGGGAAGGACAAAUGUUAUGCGAUGGCUGACUCCUGUGUUCCCGAAACCUUGCUUUCAGUUAGGGGAGGAAUGGGUCAGACUUACACACGUAAUUUGGAGUUGUCUGCAGUCUGUGCUGUGUGUGAGGAGACGCCAGUGCUGGCACAUGCUUCUAGCAAGUAGUAGCUCGUGUGCCUCCAGCUUGGCCAGUGAAGUGUUCCUGCAGAACUGGUUCACAUCUCUGUUGGCUGGCCCUUUGGCAAACGCCUGCCCUAGAGAAAGUGCCAAACCUUAAACCAAUUUGCCUAUAUCAUCUUUUCGGAAAGUGAGGCCAGUCAGAACUUUCCAUGGGUCAAGGUAACGGAUUGAGCUCAGACAAGAGGUGGCAUUGGGUUCUUUUAGGGAAUCUGAAGUCUGAGUCUGAGGAAGUGGUCUCUUGGCUAACCUCUGCUCCUUGUGCACUUUUUAUUUUUGUUCUGCUGAAGAAACCAAUGUACUUUGAACCAGUUUGAAACUUGAAGUCAGUGAGGAGAGGACCAUCCCAUUUCUUUGCACCGUUCUGUGUGGAUUGGCCACCUGGUGAGCCAGCAGUUCCUUCCUGCUUUGGCGUGUCAGAUCGCUCCAGCCCCUCCUGCCCGUCUCCCCUUUUCCUGGAGCUGGAUUCUUUGGUCUGUUGUUGUUGCUUCCUAGCAAUGUUGGCCUUGCGUUCAACUAUGGUUUUUCUUCAUGUGUUUUAUUGGUUUUUUAAAAAACAGAACACACUCUCACACACAGAAGGAAAAAACAAAAAACAAAAACCUUCCAGAGUGUGCUGACCAUUGUAUUGUACUGUACAGAGCCCGGGUUGUUAAAGUCCAGCAGAGAUAAAGUGUGUUAUGCAGCACCCUUUUUUUUUUUUUUUUUUUUUAAAAAAAAAAAGUAUGGUUUGUGCCAAUGCCCCUUCUUUAGUAGUGCCAGAGACUCUUUACAAGUGCCAAUGUGGUGGAAAUUAUUUGGUUAUACUUGUAUAUUAUAGGAUCCUGAUUUAAGACAAUUUAAACAUUAUCCUAUUUAAAAAGAUACUAUAUAAAAUGCUGUUUUUAAACCUUGUCAUUUGCAAUGCAUGUAUUGUUGUGCGUGUUGGGGUGGGGGAAGGGAAGAGGGUAGGGUAAAGGAGUUUCUGAAUACGAUGCCCAGUGUCAGGUUCUAUUCAGGCUCCAAACUGUCUCAUUCCAGUCUAGGAGUGUGAUUGUUUCUUGGAAUGAUCCAACUCUGACUGCUGGGCACCAACCCUUACUACAGAAAUAUCUGAUGGAAAUUGAUUUUCAUAUCUUUCUCCUGAAAUAAAUUCUCUGUUUGAAAUUGGAAUAAAUUUUGUUCCUAAAA